UGAGUGACUGCCCCAAAAGGAACUGCUACAAAACUACAACUGCUACAGCUACAACUACAGCUGCCACAAAACUACAACUCCCAGCAUGCCCGGUGCAUCCCUUGAUGAUCAUGUGAAAGAAAUGGGCGGGGCAGAGCUUAGCAGUAAGACAGCGGGUUUCUUCCAAAAAGAAGUAUAGAAGAGAUUGAAGGACCUGUGGCGAUGAUCAUGUGAUAGGAGUGGAGGUCACAUGUUUCCUGUUGAGAAUGGAGCUCCAGUCUGCAGCUAGACUCUCUUGGCCCCUUUGUGUUACCGUAACUACCGCAUUGCUCCCAAUGUGCUGCUGUGGACCUCGCGCACAUUCACUACGCAGGCAAGAUGGCGGCUCCCGGGAAGCAGUAUGGGCUUAUUCUUCCUAAGAAACUGCUACAGAAAAAUGUUUGUUUACCCAGACAUUCAGCAUUUGCAGAUGAUUCAGAUGAGGAGCAGGUUAGGAGGGCAGAAGAAUAGGCCGUUUUUAAAGCCCCUUAGAUAUGAAGGAUACUGCUUUGUCAUAACAGAGUUGUCAGUCGGAAAAACUCUACAGAAGGAAGCCCUGAAGAAACGUGUAAUGAAACAGACAAAACUGGAAAUGCAGAAAGCCCUGGAGGAGGAUGCCUCUGUGUAUGAAUACGACAGUGUAUAUGAUGACCUGCAGAAAACCAAAGAGGAAAGUGCAGCGAAGAUGCUCACUGGAAAGGAUCGAAAGCCUAAGUAUAUUCAGAACAUCCUAAAAGCGGUGGAGCAGAGAAAAAAGGAACAGGACAGAAGAAUGGAGAAAAAAAUCCAGAAGGAACGUGAAAAUGAAGGAGAUGAAUUUCAGGACAAAGAAGCUUUUGUCACAUCUGCCUAUAAGAAAAAACUUCAGGAGAAAGCUGAAGAGGAAGAGCGGGAGAAGAGGGAAGCUGCAAUUGAAGCAUCUCUAGAUGUCACUAAGCAGAGGGACCUGAGUGGCUUUUACAGACAUCUGCUGAAUCAGACUGUGGGUGAAGAGAAAGCUCCUGAAUGCAGCUUGAGAAGUACUGAGGUGAAACAGGAGAAGCCAAGAGGAUAUUCUGAUGAACCUAAUAAGAGCCAUGAGGAAAACAUUGAUGCCGAUAGUGAUUUGGAAACUGAGUCCAGUGAGAAUGAGAAGGGUACACCAGAAAGAUCAAGUAAAAGUUACAAAAGAGAAAGAACCCAUGAUAGACAUUUAAGCUCAUCAAGUGAGAUGGAUGAUGAUGAUUGCCAGAGACAGAAGGCUAAAGAUAAGAAAAUGAGUGACAGAGACAAAACAGAGAAAGAGAAAUCUCCUCCAUCCCCACGGGGUUAUGACAGAGAAAGAUCAGAAGACUUUAAGGGAAGGACAAGGAACAAGGAGCGUAGCAGUAAAGACUGGAAUAGCAAAAGGGAAGACCAAGAGUAUGAAGUUAGGGUAAAAGAAGAGGGAGAACAAGAUCAUAGUUGCAAAGUAAGAAAAAGAGAAAAAGAACAUGUAAUAAGCGAAGAUGAUGAUGACUAUUAUAAUGAAAAAGGUAGGAAUGAGAAAAAACACAAAGAAAGAAUUGAUGAAGGAAAGCGAAGAGACAAGGCUGAUAAAGAUCAAGAUCGCACAGACAAGUUGGGCAGAGAGCAACGCAACAAGCAGGAGAGGGAUCGCGCAAACAGGUCGGAGAGGGAUCGUGGCGACAGAUCAGAUAGGGAUUACACAGAGAGGUCUGAGAGGGAUCGUGGCGACAGGUCAGAUAGGGAUUACACAGAGAGGUCUGAGAGGGAUCGUGGCGACAGGUCAGAUAGGGAUUACACAGAGAGGUCUGAGAGGGAUCGAGCAGACAGGUCAGAAAGGGAUCGCACAGAUAGGUUGAACAAGGAUCGUGCAGACAGGUCAGAGAGAGAGGCAAUGGAUAGAAAUCAUUCAAGUAGAGAAAAUAGAAGUAGAGCUGAAAGAGAUCGCACAGAUGACAGAGAACAUCAAGGCAAAACAGACAGAGAACGGAAAGAGGGUUCAGAUAAAGCAAAGGUUCAUGGGGACCUUGAGAAAAAGGUGAAAAGCCGGUCACCACCUGCUGAAAAUGAAAAGGUUUCUGACUUAAAGCGCAAAGCAGAUGAAACCUCAAAAGAAGGUGAUUCCUCAAGUAACAAAUUUGCAAAACGCAGUAAUGAAGAAACUGUGUUAUCAGCCAAGGACCGAUAUCUUGCAAGACAAAUGGCUCGAUCUGCAGUAAAAUCAUAUGUAGAAAAAGAGGAGGACUAAAUGGACAUUGUUUAUUUUAGUAAUCCCAGAUUGCUGAAAGCUCUGCAGAUAACAUGGCAAUAUAUGUUCUUUUUUGUCAUCAUUGCGUUUCUCUGGUAAGAAAUGCUUAAUUUUUGGAAUUUGUAUUGAUCAUAUAAUAGAUCUAUUUAUCUUUCUGUUUGGUGGUUUGUUGCUUAGGACUAAUAGUAAGCUAAAUUUUACAAGUAAACAAUGUAAAUUGCUAUGUGGUUUUUCUUUCAAACAAGAUGACGAAGAUGACCAUUUUAAACAUACUAAUUUUGGUGCAUGUAGUUAUAAUUUUUUUAAGUAGUAAAAUAAAUAAAACCUGCAUAAAUUGGGUAUCCCUGUAACCGUAUGGAGCCACAGAAAAAAGAUAAUGUGUCAUUUUUACCAAAUAGUGCACUGGGUAGAAAUGGAAGCCCUAAAAAGUAGCAAAAUGGUGUUUUGUUUUUUAUUUCACCCAACAAAUAAUUUUUUGGGUUUCGCCACAGAUUGUAAUGACAUUACUUAUUUUAUAACAAAGUACAAUUGGUGACGCCAAAAACAAGCUUUUAUAUGGGUCUGUAGGUGCAAAAUUGAACGGGUUAGGAUUUUUAGAAGGUGAGGAGGAAAAAAACGAAAGUGCAAAAAUUAAGAUUGUUUUGAGUCCUUAAGGGGUUUAAAAGAAAAAAAUAUUAUAAUAUUAAAACUUUUCUUACCUAGCCCUGGUCCCCCGAUCCUCUCUCUCCUUCCUGCUUCUUAGGCACUCGCAGGACCUGCCAGCUUAGCCAUUCACUGGCCACUGCGGUGUCUCUUCUCAGUGAUUGGCUGAGCAAGUCCGGCAACAAGUGCUCAUCUCGGAAGAAGAUCGGCGUGCUGGACGGAGAUAAACAGGAGCUGCUGGGGAUCUGGUCAAGGUAAGUAUAUAUUUUUUUUUUCUAUUUCCUGCCGGCCCCAGUACCAUAUAAUUUUUGUUAGGAAACACUUUGAUAACCCGUUUAAUCUUUUUUAAUCACUUAAUUUGAUGCAUAUUUAGGUUUCUUUUCGAAACUGAGCUGUAAGCUUGUAAUGGUCACACAACUAGGAUAGAAUAAUUUAUCUGGGCAAGUGAAAUGUACAUAAAAAUGUUUUCACUAUUAACUUUGUCAGACUUUUAUAUAGUCGUGUCUACUAUUCACAUGCUUAACCAGGUGCAUACUCUGUGUGGGGAAUCAUUAAUCAGAGAAUAGGGUCA